UUCCUGCUCUGUAAUAUGGAUAGAGUAAAUAUGAGCAUUGCCAUACUUCCAAUGUCAGCAGAGUUCAAUUGGAACCCAGCGACAGUCGGCCUGAUACAGUCUUCUUUUUUUUGGGGCUACCUUCUUACUCAGGUUGCUGGUGGCAUUUGGGCAGAUACAGUAGGUGGCAAGCUGGUCCUGGGAUUUGGUGUAGUUUGGUGGUCGAUUGCUACAGCUCUCACUCCCAUUGCUGCUAAACUUGGAUUGCUUUUCCUUCUUGUUGUUCGUGCUUUCAUGGGUAUCGGUGAGGGUGUUGCUAUGCCUGCCAUGAAUAACAUUCUAUCAAAAUGGGUUCCAGUAGCAGAGAGAAGUAGAUCAUUAGCAUUGGUGUACAGUGGAAUGUACCUUGGAUCAGUCACUGGCCUGGCCUUUUCACCGUUUUUAAUCCACCAGUUUGGUUGGCCAUCAGUCUUCUACUCCUUUGGUUCUCUAGGAACAGUUUGGAUUUUUGUGUGGCUAAGUAAGGCAUAUAGUUCUCCUCUUGAGGAUCCUGAGCUGUUGUCUGAAAAGAAGAAGCUGAUCCUUUCCAACAGCGUUUCCAAGGAACCUGUUAAAACAAUACCUUGGGGACUAAUUUUGUCAAAACCACCUGAAUGGGCCCUAAUAGUGUCUCACUUCUGUCACAAUUGGGGAACAUUUAUUCUUCUGACAUGGAUGCCAACCUACUAUAACCAAGUCCUGAAGUUCAAUCUUACAGAAUCAGGCCUUAUUUGUGUUUUGCCUUGGCUUACAAUGGCAUUUUCUGCAAAUCUUGGAGGCUGGAUUGCAGACACGCUAGUUAGCAAAGGUUUAUCUGUGACAAGGGUUCGUAAAAUCAUGCAAACAAUUGGAUUUCUUGGUCCUGCUUUCUUCCUAACUCAGUUGAGCCAUGUUAAUUCUCCUGCAAUGGCUGUUUUGUGUAUGGCACGCAGCCAGGGUACUGAUGCAUUCUCACAGUCUGGUUUAUAUUCAAAUCAUCAAGAUAUUGCCCCUCGAUAUUCCGUGAGUAUUAAUUCUUUAGUCUCAGAUUUUGUUUGUAUUACUGCCGGAGUACUGGCAGGUAUGUUUGGAACUGCAGCAACGGGCUACAUCUUGCAACAUGGUUCAUGGGACGAUGAAUUCAAGGUUUCUGUUGGGCUAUACUUAGUUGGCACUGUAGUUUGGAACCUUUUUUCAACUGGGGAGAAGAUCUUGGAUUAA